CAAAUCGACGAACCUUUUGGGCCAAGAUCACCCGACCAUACUCCUUGGGCCAAGAUUAGGGCCAGCCUAUCUGUUUCUCCUCCUCCUCCUCCUCCUCUUUCUCUCUCUCUCUCAAAACGAAAGGAAACAGGCAGGGAAGACGGAAGAAAGAAAAAAGGCAAAGCAAGAGAUGGGGUGCGGAGGCGGAGGCGGGGGCGGAGGAGAUGCUGAUGGAGACGACGAGGCGAGGGGAAAGGAGGAUGCGCUCGCAUCCAGUAGGCUCCUCGAUCCGGAAUUCAAGCCCUCCAAGCUGUCCCAAGAUCAGCUCGACAAGUUCAAGGAAUUACACAAGAAACGGCUACAACUAAAGGAAAAAACAAAAUCCAAAGGAAAACCUAAAGGAAGAGCUGGGACGAAUACAAAUGUAGCGAAUGAUUCUCAAUUUAGCAAUAAGGAUAAAUCAAUUGAUAGUGCCGCAAUAGAUGUACAGCAUACAACAUCGACUACAGGAGCCCAAGCGAAUCUUGCACCAUCCCUGCCAUUGAGGAACAAAAGGAAGUUGCAUUGGGGGCUUGAUGUUAAAGAACGGUGGGAGAGGAAAGCGAACAUGUGAAUUUCUGAAGAUUAUUUAAAUUCUCACCCUCCAUGUAAAUGGGAAAAAAGAGUCUCAUGCCUUCUUGAUGACCUAGUUGGAUGUAUUCAUAGUUCUUUUAGUGGGCAGAAUAACUGGGUGAAAACCACAAGUUCUAGGCAGCAAAUUUCCUGGUUUGCAGUUUUCUGUCUGAUGCCUUAUGCAGGUUAUGUAGCUAGAUAUUCCUAUGUUCCUUUUGUUUUAAAUACCUGUCCAGAUCUCUUGUUGGGUACUUGAGAUCCACGCCAUUCAGGUUAUAGAACAGUAUGUCGCCGCUAUCUUAGCGAGACAGGGAAGGUAUUGAAAAUGUUCUCUCAAGUGUUGUGUACGAUUAUGACAUGCUGCUGCUUGCAUAUAAUUUUCUCUCAAAUUA